AUGCGAAGUCUCAAUGUAUUAGAACAAGACAAUGUCCCUCUAUAUCUGGACCAAGUGAGUUCCUACUAUAGCCAAGGCAGUUUCACUCUCAACCAGAACCAGAUCCGAGACCAGGCGAGCUACCACUACAACGAGGCCAGGCGAGCUACCACUACACCGAGACCAGGCGAGCUACCACUACACCGAGCCCAGGCGACUUACCACUACACUGAGACCAGGCGAGCUACCACUACACCGAGACCAGGCGAGCUACCACUACACCGAGACCAGGCGAGCUACCACUACACCGAGACCAGGCGAGCUACCACUACACCGAGACCAGGCGAGCUACCACUAACCAACCACAUACACUACACCGAGACCAGGCGACCUACCACUACACCGAGACCAGGUGACCUACCACUACACCGAGACCAGGCGACCUACCACUACACCGAGACCAGGCGACCUACCACUACACCGAGACCAGGCGAGCUACCACUACCCACCAGGACUACACUACACAGGCGAGCUUACCACUACACCGAACCAAGGCGACCUACCACUACACCGAACCAGGCACUACCACUAACGAGACCAGGCGACCUACCACUACAAACCAGGCGACUACCACUACCGAGACCAGCGACCUACCACUACACCGAGACCAGCAGCUACCACUACCGGACCGCACUACACCGAGACCAGGACUACACUAACCGAGACCAGGCGACCUACCACUACACCGAGACCAGGCGACCUACCACUACACCGAGACCAGGCGACCUACCACUACACCGAGACCAGGCGACCUACCACUACACUGAGACCAGGCGACCUACCACUACACCGAGACCAGGCGAGCUACCACUACACCGAGACCAGGCGACCUACCACUACACCGAGACCAGGCGAGCUACCACUACACCGAGACCAGGCGACCUACCACUACACCGAGACCAGGCGACCUACCACUACACUGAGACCAGCGACCUACACCACAUACACUGGAGUACCAGGCGAGCUACCACUACAACAGCACUACUAACACCGAGACCAGGCGACCUACCACUACAACACUACACCGAGACCAGGUCGACCUACCACUACAACGGGGACCAAGCGACUACCACUACACGAGACCAGGCGACCUACCACUACACGAGACCAGGCGACUACCCACUACAACACGAGACACCAGGCGACCUACCACUACACUGA